AGCGCUGUGGUCGCCGCUCCGAGAGCCAGAGAGUUCCCCCACGUGACGUGCCGUGCCGAUAGCUGGCAACACAGCGUGUCCGAUCCUGAACAGCUGACGCGGCGAGGCGGUGUCAUGGCGCCCACGGUGUAUGUGGAGGAGCUUGCCGCCUCCGGCAUGGAAGAUGCCUACUCCGCCCCGCCUGCCUCCUUCGCCUACAUCGACUGUCUGCUGCAGGGCGUGGGGCGGAGAGCACUCCACUCCAGACAGCAGUCCCAUCGAACCCUGAAGCUUCACAAGUGGAGGCGGGCACGCGCCGGUACGUGGCGCCUGCCUCUGCUCGCGGGGUCGAUGGCGACGGACACCGCGCAUGACGACGACACCCGGGUAACCGCCAGCAGCACGGACAGCAGCGGCAGCGGCGGCAGCGACGGCUCCAACAACGCGACAGGGUACAGGGCAGUGACGGGCGCAGGCGCGGCGGACCGGAGCGCCUCGCCGCUGAGGGCCUACGACAAGACGGCCGCCUGGGUGGAGGACUCGGCGCCCGAGCAGGAGCGCUGUCGCCAGAGGCUGCAGCUGCUGCGCCGGCGCGAGGGCCUGCUCGACAUCACGAUGCGCACCGUGGCGCUGAUGCGCCGCAACGAGCGGCUGCAGCUGCAGCUGUCGGCGCUGCAGGAGGAGACCCGCGCCUUCGUGCGCUCCGUGCUCGACAACCCGGAGAACCGGCGGCCGGAGGGGGGCGGCGGCACCGCGCGGGGAGCCCCCCAGCCGGACGACGCGGCGGAGAAGUGAUGUCGCGUCGUCCAUGUCGUGACGGGACCUACCCCCUCUUUCUUUUUGAGUGAUGGCAGAGCGUUUCAUUGGGCCCAGGGGCGCAACAACAGGGGGCGGCAAGGGUAUUUUGCCCCCCCCCCCCCCCUCUGAAACCUUGAAGUGGGGGCAAACGGGGGCAAAGAAAGUGCUGUGGAAUCAAUUUUUUAGAUAAUAAAACUGCUUAAAUAGCACCAUUUUCCACCUUGAAAUACAAAUUUUCCCGGGGGAGGACCCCUGGACCCCCCCCCCCCCCGCUUCAAUAGGGGGGGAUCGAUGAUUCUUUAUAAAUAGAUAUAUUGCCCCCCCCUUCCCCCUUUGUAAAUUUAGUUGUUGCACCCCUGAUUGGGCCAGUAAGUGGGCACACACUGCGUUUGUAACGCUGCCGAGUUUCCUAACCGCAACAAAAGCAAUAAACCAGAUGGGUCUUCUUUUUACUACUAGAACAGUAUAUUUGGUUGUAAUUUAAUUUCAGGGUGAAUAUAUAUGUUAUUUCUGGGAAAAUUCCACUGUAUAUUAAGUGCAUCCAAUGAUUAGAGACCGGAAAAAUUCGCGGGUUCAAUGACCUCCGGGAUAGACUCCAAUAUCCUCUACACACUCGGGCAAAUGCCAACUGUUCAUUGGCUGCUGACUUGUGAGUCGUCUCGACUGGGUGGUAUGAGAUUCGACACUUCAAUGAGUGAGGUUCUCUAAUUGGCCCUCAGUCCUCCAGAUUAACAGUGGACCAAUGGCAGAAGCAGCACUAAGGUAUAAUUAUUUGAAUUUUAGCAUAACACGAAAUGAACCCGCGAAUUUUUCAGGUAUCUACCAAUAAUAUUUUGUGUAGUUCCUUGUAUUUAAGUGGACACAGCAGUUCAAAACUUAUUUAUUUCUAUCCACUGUUAUAAUGCUACACAAUCAAUCAACUGGCAGUGACAUUAAUUUUAAAUUUUUUGCAUUGUUUUCACAGACAUAUCACUCUCAAUUCUCAGCCAAAAUGUUUCACUUGUAAUAGUACAGUAUAUUUUUCUUUUUUAUGCCGGACAAGGUCUUAGUGACAACUUCCUAAAUCUUGAUACAUACCAUAACACAUUUUUUCAUCUUUGCCAAAUGCAUGAAGACACAGUUUUGACAUUAUCAUUUUUACAGCACAUUUGCAUAUUGUCUUCCAGUAUGUAAUAUGCAGAAGUUUUGAAUUAUGAUUGAACAGAUUAAAUAUAUUCCUAAUGUUUCAGUUUUAAAUGUAUUACUUUAGAAAAAACUAAAAUGAAUUUUGAUGGAAAAAAAAAUGCUCUUUAUCCAUACAAGCAAAGUUACAAUUGAUAAAAUUCUAGUAAAGUCUGCAGAAUUAUGUGAAACAAGUUUCUCAUUAUAUAACAGAAGAUGCCAGCAUCAAAAAGAAAUUUAGGUGUGUAUUAUUUUCAAAGGCUGUGUUGAUAUUGUAAUAGUAGUAUGCAUUGUUAUAUCAGGGAGGCAUGUUACUAGUUUGUGUUAAAUUUUAUAAAAAUAUAUUACGAGUAAUCAAUGUGAAUGAAUUAGUGUGUUGGAUUUUAAACCAAUGAAAGUUGUCAAAGGUUAUAUAUUAUCAAACUGAUCGGUCCAUUUUUAAAAGGUUCUACAAAGAAAUUGAGUACAUAUUAUGAAUUAAAGAUGUUGCUUGAAUGGGAUUUUUAAUAGAAGAUACAAAGAAAAGAUAAUAUAUACAGAUAUGAAUACAAAAAUUAUAAAAAAUAGAUUGUGAUGAUGUGUGUGUUUACUGUUUCAAAACAAUAUUUUAAUAACAGAAACACCACAGCAGUUUUACAAUAAAAAAAAAAAAAGCAUAUUCAUGGCUUAAAAACAAUGUAUAUAUGUAUAAUUACGUACGUUAAUCAGUGUUGGCAUGGUGGCAUGGGCUGCUACAGUUAACAGAAAGUUUUGGUUUCUGUUCCAAACUUCAUUAACUACUGCUUGUGUAAAGUACUGUUUGUACCAUCUCACAAUCACAAUUUUAGUGAUUAUUAUUCAAAAUUAUUAUUGUAACAGCAGGAAGAUCAUGUCAUGUGGAGUCUUUUAAAACAUUCUUUUAUUAAUGCUGUCUUCAAUGAAAUUUAUAUUUUCUGUUGGUACAAUUUUCUAAUUGAAGCUGCUGAAGUUAUGUAUCAUAAAAUAGCUGUUAAAUAUUUGUGUGAAUUUUCCUCAUCAUCUUCGAUUUUUAAAUAUAUAUAACUGCAAUUUCCAAUAGAGAUUUUUCCUUACAGAGCUCUAUUCCAGUCCACUCAUGCUUCUAUGCUAUUCUUUCUUGUUAUAGUCCUAAACAGCAUUCUAGAUAAAUCAGGAGAAAAAUCAUGUAGGUAUUACUGUGUGAGGAAAAUAUCUGAAGUUGAAAUAUCUUGCAUUUCUAUUAAUUUUUUUGUUAAUCAGUUAAUAUGCCUUAUAAUUGAAGUCUGUUAUAUGUGAUUAGUGCUGUAAUUUAAACCUAUGUACAUUUUUUUACAGCAGCUAAGAUAAUUUUUACAAUGAAGUAGUUUAAGCACAGAGUUUACCCAGCAAUAUAGUACUUCCACUAAAACUACCAAUUUCCUUGAUUAAAUAUCACCUCUUACAAAGAUAGAACAAAAAAAGUAUAUUAAAUGUGAAAGUAAGCAAUAUGAAUAAAGAUGUGGCUUGAAAUGUAUAAAACAGCUAGGAAUAGUUUUGUACAGAGUAGCAAUAGUUCUGUAACUGCUUAAUGUGCGUCUAAAGUGUGCUUGGAAUUAGUUUAUGGUGUGAGAAACUUCCUUGUUGCUUACAUAUGUGGGCUUGAAACCAUUCCUCACAUUUUGUCUAAAGGACUAACUUAUCCUCUAUUGAAAAAAAAAAAUGCAAGUGUACUGAUGAUAAGGUAUCUGUAAAAAGAUUAAAACUGCACAUUUCAUAAGUUUCGUAACUGUUUUAAAAUGGUUUGAAAAUAGAAGCCAUAACUAAGCAUAGAAUAAAUAAAUGGUAACACAAAAGGCAGUAUAUCUUGAUUCCCAAAAAUCGUGAUUACAAUUUAUGUACCAAUAUGCUAGGUAUUCUGCCAAAUAUUUUAGGUAAUAUCAAGGUAGGUCUCAUAUAUUACCCACAAAAACACAAAAUAUAUACAUAUUUACUUUUAUUUGUGUUCGAUAAAAACAACUUAUAUGCAGUGGCAGUGAGUCAAAGACCCAUUUCACACUUAGACUGAACUGAAAAAUUUUACUAGAUUUGAUUUGAAGUACACAGUUUUUAUCAAUAUUAAUGAAAAUGUUUUAAACUUGAGUCACAAAUUCAUUUGUAACAGUGAGUAACAUUACCACAGUUCUAAAAUAGCAUAUACAAUACAAACAAUAGCUCUUUACAUUUUCAUUUAAUACAGUUCGAUAUCAUUUAAAAUAUUAAUCAUUCUAUUAUUUUUUUUCCAUUUUACAUACCUAAAUUCUCCACACACCUUAUAACAGUUUAAAAAAAUAAAAUUUUAUGAACAUUAAAAAUGAAUCAGGUUAUACAUAUAUAUUUUUUUCUCCAUACCUGUAGAAGCUGACAGCACAAUAUGUAAAGUGAAAAACAUGGGAGUAAAAAAGGGCUUCACUAGCUGACACUUUUAGCAACCAAACACCUAGUAACAAUAAAACGUACACAACUCAGUAUUAUACGGAGUCGAGUGCUAGUUUGAGUAUCGGCAGUUUUAACUGACCUGAGAUGCAGAAAAAGGGGCAAAAUGUGUGGGGCACAUGUAAGUUAUGUUGACUCAAACAUAUUUAUGCACAAAUGGCACAUCAUUCUACGACAAAUAAAGUAAUGUGACUAAAAAUCUCCAUUUUACAUUAUAUAAAAUUUCUACGAUGAUGAAAAUGUAUAGACAGCUGAUGGUGGUAAUAUAUAAGGUGAUUUUAUAUAUAACACAAUGUUUUGAAGGUUUUUGUAUAAAAAAUAACACUGUUUAAAGGGUUAGUUCGUAAUGUUUACCAGAUAGGUUAGGCCUACUGUAUGCUUCCGUAAAUCAUAUUAUUUGCUUUUAUGCUAAAGUCAUCAACAUAUCCACAUAAGCUGAAGUGAAACAAAUUUAAAUUAUACUUUUUUUUUCCCACUGUAAACUUCAUUUAGUGCAAACAAGCACAUGCUUUAACCGUUAUAAAAUUUGUUCAUUCUAAAACAUAACAAACAUGUAAAUUUUAACACACACUGUUUCACGCACACAGGUGUCAAAAUAACUUUUAUCUUUCUCAUUCCAAGAGUGGUUCCAGUAUCCUGAAAGCAGUCAGUAGCACUGAAAGGACACAACCCAUUUCUUUUCAUUGUAUUCAUAACAAAUUUGUAUACAAAUGGCACGUAUCACUGUAAGAUUAAAAUUAUUUAAAGAAAGGGGUAAUGUAUGUGAACAAUUAUCUCGUGACUAAAGGUGUCAGAUGAAUGAUCUAUAUAAAAUAGUGAAAACAUUUGCGGCAUGUCAAAGGUGGUGGUAAUGUUCGCCCAACAAAUAAAUUUCCGUAAUUUCAGCCUAUUUAGAUUUUCUCUUCAAAUAAAUUUUAUCAGCAUGUCGUACACUUAAUGUAACUUUAAAAACCAGCAAGCAUAUCUGUUAAAUGUUUUAUAGCUUUGGUGGAGUAAUUAAUAUCAAUUAAGCAGACUUAGAACCAGCACUGACAUACCAGCAAUAUUUUGUGUGUUGUAAAUUAAUUGUCCUGUACUGAUACCACUAGAUUAUGUUUUCAAAUAUGUGUUCUGUUAUUUAUGUGUGCAUGUAUAUUCAAAGUAUAAAACGAAAAUAAUUACAAAUUGUACAUUGUUUGUGUUACAUUAGCAAUAAAAUGUUUAUUUAAAAAAAAA